AUGGAGUCGUCUCCCUUCGUAUGGCUCAUCGCCUUCUUCGUUUUGCUCGGUCUGCUCGGCCUCCUCGUCUUCCAGGUAUCCCCUAUACUCCACUCCCCUGCGUAUUCUUCACGUUCCGCGCUCCUCAGCUUCGGCCUCCUCUGGCUAAACCCCAUUGCCUGGUCGUUGUUCUUCUAAAUUGUUUCUGUCUAGCGAUUUGUGCACCGAAUUCAAGUUGCGGAGUGGGCUGAGUUCGCAGUUUUCACUUUCAUUUCCUAAUCGAUUUCAGUGUUCUACAGUCACAAACUCGCAUGAUAUCCCCUCCUGACGAUUAGAACAAAAACCAUGGGAGAAUGAGAGAUUUAACAGCACCCCAAGUUCAUCACUGAAGCCGACCGUAAAUAGGAAGCCCCUUUGUAGAAUUUCCAUGGAGAACCCUCGCUGCAAGUUUGCUUUUUCUAUUUAUUUAUUAUUUAUUUAUUUAUUGGCCCAAGAUCCCCUGCCCUCUUGGCUUGGAUAUUGGUUGCCCCGGAAAAAAAAAAAAAAAAGAUUUUUUUUUUAAUUCUCAAUAAGGAGGGCUAGUAACCAAGACAGUGAUGAGAUGCAGGCAUUUUUUGCACUGCCCCUCCGGUUUAGUGAGUCGCUGAGAAUGAACCGAGUAGAAAAGUUUCUUAAACGCUGUAAUGGCGCUUUCCUGGAAUUCAUAUCCAAAAUGAAUGGGAUGGCAAGAUCGCUCAGGCCCACAUCCUCUUAAGUGCAUGCACACUUAGCAGAUGAAUGGGGAAGAGCCAGCCUUUUCUCAGAGAGCAGGAUGCCAGAGAUGAUUGAUUUCGCCGAAGUAGCAGUGCAUCAGCCAUGAAGGCAUUGCAUGUUCAUGUGCUCUCAAUGUGCACAGUUCGCAUUAUUUGCCUAGAAUAACUCAAUCUUACUGCAAUAAGACCAAAGUGUGAGGUACCAGCCAUUUAUUUCCCGAACUAGUCAUCUGGUGUUCAGAUCCGAUGCCCCUUCCAAGCUUGUCCCAAUCAAGUUUUGAGAUCCUCUUUUCGUUGUUCUUGGUCCAUCUUUCUUCUCUGUAUCUUUCUUUCCCUUUUCGGUAUGUCUGCGGUUUUUUCUGGGCUUUCAUUAUUUACUCUAUUGCCUGGUUAUGCUGAUAUGAUUGGGACCCUUUUUGGCAGCUCAUGUGCCUCGCAGAUCUAGAGUUUGACUACGUCAAUCCUUAUGAUUCAGCUUCACGGAUCAAUACUGUUGUCGUCCCUGAGUUCGUCCUUCAAGGAAUCCUAAGCCUUCUUUUCCUCCUGACUGGGCAUUGGGCUAUGUGUCUGCUCACUCUGCCGUUUCUCUACUACAAUGGGAGGCUGUAAGUACCCUCUUUUCCUGCUAAAUGAAAACAAUUUUCUUUUACGCCAUUUUUACCAUUCAUCCUCAGAUCAUGGGCUAAAUAUGGCAAUGUUCUUGGUUUUGGAGAAUGGAUUAUUUUAUCUUUAUAUAUUUUUAAAAAAAUAAUUUGAUUUAAUAAAUUAAUUCAACCAAAAAAAUUGAUUCAGACUCCAAAAGAAAAAAACAAGAACCUCUGUUGGUUUUAGUGAUCCAAUUGCACCCAAGCAGUUGGUGAGGAGAAUUAUCCCCACCCAAGAUCUCUCACCCCUCUCCUUAUGAAGGCGUACCCUCUUUUUCCUGCUAAAUAAAUAAAAAAAUUACGCCAUUUUCAUUAUUCAGCCUCAGAUAAUGGGCUAAAUAUGGCAAUGUUCUUGGUUUUGGAGAACGGGUUCUUUUAUCUUUAUGUCUUUUUUAAGUUGAUUUGAUUUAAUAAAUUAAUUCAACCAAAAAAAAUGUUAAUCCAAACCAAAAAAAAAAAAAGAACAUUUCUGUUGGUUUUAGUGAUCCAACUGCACCCAAGCAGUUUGUGAGGAGAAUUAUCUCCACCCAAGAUCGCUCACCCCUCUCCUCGUGAAGGCUGUAAGUGUUCACUUUUUCCUGCUAAAUAAAAACAUUUUUCUUUUAAACCAUUUCAUUAUUCAGCCUCAGAUCAUGGGCUAAAUAUGGCAAUGUUCUUGGUUUUGGAGAAUGGGUUCUUUUAUCUUUAUUUCUUUUUUUUUAAUUGCUUUGAUUUAAUAAAUUAGUUCUACCAAAAAAGAAACUGAUUCAGACCACAAAAAAGGAAAGAAAAAAAUUUGUUGGUUUUAGAGAUCCAAGGGCUGCCUUGAAGAUCAUUGAAGGCCAUCACCACCCCUUUCCAAGGUCAUUUUUAGAAAAUAAUACUGUUGAUGCACCCGCCAUCCUCAGGUACCAGCAAAGGCGGCAUCUGGUGGAUGUAACAGAGAUAUUCAGACUACUCAACCAAGAAAAGAAGCGGCGCCUGAUCAAGCUCAUCGGUUUAGUCAUCCUGCUCUUCCUAACCCUGUUCUGGUACCCCUCCCCCCCUCCCAGUUGACUUUAACACCUCCCCAGUUGACUUUAUUGGGGAAAAAGCUGGAGUUUUGAUCGGUAUCUUCGGUCUGAUGUUUCAGGAUGAUCUGGAGCAUGUUGGAGGAUGACUAG